AGACUAAUACUUGUAAAUGUACGUAAUCAGGAAGAUAUUUGAACAAGGACAAAUAUUUGGAUUAAGUUUUAUUUUCGACCCCAUGGGAUAAUCAUUUCUAUAAGAUGUGUAGGGACCGUGUUAUGCAAAGUUUGAGGAAGUUUUCCGGGUAUACAAAAAAACCGUGACCUUGAUGUUUUUCCCGUGUCUUUGUUCCUCACUGUGUCAACAACAGCAGUGGGACCUUGGUUUAGGGUGCGUCCGAUUGCCUCUGAUCCUGUUGGCCAUAAUUCACGGGCACCUGUCGCUGUUUACGUAUUCGUGUAAACCCAAAGACGAUAAUCCUUCAGGGGACUCGGAAGAUUAUUCUGAUCAUUUUUUUUUUUCAAUGGAGCAAAGAAGGAGCCAUGAAUUACGUUUUAUUUACAGCUUCAGGAGGUGUUUUUGACAUUUUUAUAGGUCUACUCCAGCGAUCGAAAUUUGUUUUUUUAAUACCUCUUCGCACAUGCACGAUGAGGCGGAUGCAGUUUACUCAUUUAUGCCUUGUGCUGAACUCAUAAACCCUGUCAACUUUUUUUUUUGCGCGCUGCUUUUGGAAUCAAGAGAGGUUGCCUUAAUAUUGGGACGCCCUCGUGAAUGUCUCUCCCUCUAGAUCAUCGGCGUUACGUAAUAUCGCUAAAGCAUCAUAACACGGGUUAACAAUGAUGCUUAUAUCGUUUUCAAAUCUCCCGUUCUUAUUCAAAUUUCUCAUUCCUAGCGCCAACAUCUUAAUGCAAAGUCAGCUCAGGAUAACGGGGUCUAAUUGCUGCAUACGUGUUAAUCCGCUGGAUCUGUUAUAUUUUCAAUUAAGGUCUGGAUAAUGUAUCGAUAUUACUCGAAUUUCUUUUUAUGUGGUGUAUUUGGAGGUAUCGUUUGACAGUGGCCUUUGAUUUUUCUUCUCCCGAUACAUCUGUGGAAUUGGAAGAAUUAAGGCCAUUUAAAUUAGGGUAGAGAGAGAGAGAGAACGAAAAAAAGAAGAAUUGGGUAAAACUGUUCAAAUUUCAACCUCGUGGUUUGGCAUGGGUCAGCGAUUUGGUGGAUUUAAAUUCUGCAUAAUAUGCACGCGCUACUAAUUAGGAACCACUAAUUGCCUGGUCUUCGAGAGAAGUAGCCUGUCCCGAUUUCGAACAUUCCGUGCAUCAAACACCUUGCACCGAAAGAAUUGACAGCAUUUCUUAGAAUAUUUGUAGCAAUUCACCAAUAUGUUCGGAAUAUUGUGUGUGUGUUUUGGACUUAUCCCCUUAAUCAACGCAGUUCCUGAAUUCGAAGACGGUGAUCUUCGACUAUUGGGAGGCUCCACGGAAAAUGAGGGGACAGUCCUUAUCUACCACAACGGCCGCUGGGGCAGCAUCUGUGACAGGGGCUGGGAUAUCAGGGACGGGAAUGUUGCCUGCUACCAACUGGGCUUCCAGCGAGCGCUGCAGACCCUGCGUUAUAGCCCGUUCGGACCCGGGCGAACAUUAAGGUGGCUGACGGGUUUGCGCUGCCGGGGAAGAGAGAGCAGACUUGACCAGUGCUAUCCUAGACAAUGGGGCAUAGAGAGGGACCAGAGGUACUGUUCCAGAUACAGUCGGUCGGCAGCUGUCGUCUGCUUGCCACAUAGUACCACAACUUCCACAACAACACCUAGUACUACCACCACAACACCUUCUACAACAACCACAAAAACGACCACCACAACAACAGCAAAACAGACGACUCAGUCAACCAAAAAAUCAACCGUUGCCAGCGUUGGUCUUGCCGUUAACAAUAUCAUUCCAACCAGAGGAGCUAUCGACGCCAUAGAACACAAUAGAGACAAGGAAGAUGAGAAGGAGGAGGAGACCAAAACAGUUGUUGAAAGAUAUUCGAACAAUACCAUCAUUUUUGAUGACAAAGAUAGAGAUGAUAUUGAUAAUGAUGAUCAAGAUUAUGAAAGCGACGAGGAAGACGCAGAGGAUACUAAUGAGAACGCGAUUCAAAGUACAGCUAGGUCAAGAAGCCAGCCAAGAAGAUCUCAUUUGCAGUUUGAUGCCGAGUGGAGCGAAACGAGAAGAACCAAGGACCGGGAUGUCAUCACAACAGCAUCGCCAUUGAAAGAGUCGACCUCGACUUCUAGACCUACCACCACCAAAGAACACUCUAGAGCCGCCGCCCCGGCACCUGUUGGACCUAACAGAUAUGACGAAGAGGUGUACUCGAUAAGUCUGCCUAGUCGACGAUGGACAAAAGACCCACUCCUGAAGUGCUGGGUUCUGUUAACAUACCGUGAGGAAAUCUUAAUUGCAAAACCAGGACAACGGCCCAGCCGAAUAACUAAAGAGGAGUAUUAUAAGAAACGUCGAGCAGAAAUCAUUAAACAAAGAGGAGAAGAGAACAUUCCAAACGAAAUAAACAGAUCUCCGUUAAAUGAUGCGUCCGGAAGUCGCACCGGAAACACUGGAAAUAAUCAGAUAGUAGAUAGAGGCAGGGUUCCCACAACUACAACCAAAAGACCAACAACAACUAAGAAACCAACGACUACAACAACGACAACACCAAAACCAACAACAACCACAACACAGCCAACUACAACAACAACAACAAAACCAACAACCACAACACAGCCAACAACGACAACACCGAAACCAACAACUAAGAAACCAACAACAACGACGACAACAACAACACCAAAACCAACGACAACAACAACCAAAAGGACAACAACCACAACAACAGAAGCUGCUGCACCGGCGCCAGUCAGUGCAUACGAAAACGAAGUCUUCUCUGUUGAGCUCGUUACUGGUAAAUGGAUCAAAGACGAGGAACUGAACAUGUGGGUGAUGCUAUCGCGAUCGGGUGGCGUUUCCGUUGCCAAGCCUGGCCAGAGAGCAGUGAAAAUAGACGAGGAUGAGUAUUAUCAGAUGAGAAGGGAAGCCAUUAUCAAAGCUCGUGAUCGAUUGAAAGCAGACGAUCCUUCCCCUGGUCAGGUUCCCGCGCCACCAACCAGGCAGUUGUCGUUUGGAAGAGGAGGUGGCACCAUUAGAUCUCGAAAUGAAGACGCCUCUUCUUCGUCCAAUAUCGUGAUCAGCUCUGAUCUAAAUAUCACUAGGGAACAUGCACGUGGCAAUCACCACAGAAAUAGGCAUGGGCAUGGAUCAAAGAAAAUCGAAACAAGGUUGGCUGGAUCAAGAUCGAAUCGUGGAAGACUCGAAGUCCGAUUGAAAGGCCGAGAAGAAUGGGGAGUGGUGUGUGGGGAUCACUGGACAAUCAAAGAAGCUAUGGUGGUCUGUCGUGACAUGAACGCAGGCUACGGACAACAAGCUAUAAAGAGGGCAGUGUUUGGUGGAAGCAACAUGAAGAAGUACUUCUCACGAGUCCGGUGUAAGGGCACGGAGAAGCGACUAGAGGACUGCGAGUGGGAGGACCAUGAAAUGAGCAUACAGUGCAAGAGCUCCGACUCAGUGGCGGGCGUCAUCUGUGCAUCAGCGCUACCCGAUUUAGAGCCCAGCAUUUACAUGCUAGAAACCUCAUCAUUCCUACAAGACAGGCAUUUAUAUUACCUACAGUGCGCAAUGGAAGAAAAAUGCUUGGCACCGUCAGCUUAUGAAGCGCAAAGGUCACGUGGUUGGAGAGCUCACACCCGGCGCUUGCUGCGAUUUUCCAGUGUUGUCAAAAACAAAGGGACGGCUGACUUCCGGCCAAUGUUAAACCGCGAUGAGUGGGAGUGGCAUGCGUGUCACAUGCAUUACCACAGCAUGGACGUCUUCGCCCAUUAUGACAUUCUGGACACUAACGGUAACCGGGUAGCGGAAGGUCUAAAGGCCAGCUUCUGUCUGGAGGACUCGGCGUGUGAUCGCGGCGUCCGUCCCAAAUAUAGCUGUCAGAACUACGGCCAACAAGGUAUCAGCGUUGGCUGUUCAGACAACUAUAUGGCUGACAUAGAUUGUCAGUGGGUAGAUAUCACUGACCUGAAGCAAGGAAAAUAUGUUUUCAAGGUUGAAAUCAACCCAAAUCUUAUUGUUGCGGAAAUCAGUUACGACAACAACGUCGUGGUAUGCGAUUUGAACUAUACAGGAUAUUAUGCAAGGAUUUAUAACUGUAAACAUGAGGGCCUUUUAUAGGGAGAAAAAGACAAAAUGGCUGGGGUAAAAAAUAAUCCAAUAAAAUACCGGUAUCCAUUUUAGUUUUUUUUCCUCCGAUUACUGUUGUUGAAACAUUCGACUAUCAUUCAUCAUGUCAACCAAAGACCACACGCAGAGCACAAACUUCCAUGAAGGUUUUUUGCAGUGAGGGUUUUUAUCUUUUUUGGAACUUUAUCAGCAUCUUUGUCCAAUUUUUUUGUACCAAAUGCUUUAAUUUAUGUUCUACACAAUUAUUUAGAACUCUGAUGAUGAAAUAGUUUGGGUUUUUUAUUCUCUCCAAAAAAAAAACACAAACAAAACAAAAACCAACACCCAACCACCAAAGAAAUCGUUAUGUCCAAUUUAUCAUUCAUUAUUGACUUCUUGUGUUGAAUUAAUAGAUCAUAUAGCUUUACACAUUAAUUAGUUUUGUUGCCACAAAACCAACAUUUCAUCGGUAUAUUAUAUUUGUACUCGAUUUGCAAGCUUCUUCGUGUCUGAUAGUAAUUUUGGGUGAACUAUUUACAAGUUGUCUGUGAUAAGUCCCUUUUACACAGCAUUGCUUGUGUAUUUUUUGUAUGAUUUAUUUUGAAUCCUGUAAAUGAGAGCAGGGUUGAUAAUUUUUACAUGUACUAUGUAUAUAAUUAUUCAUUCGUUUUGAAGGUUAAAGAGGUAUUUUUUAAAUUGAGAUUUAAAGCCAUGCAUAAAUAUGCUUUUUUUAGUUGUUUAGUAAUGAAUUUGUUGAUUAAAACGGUUGUAGAGUACUUUUGUUUGAGACCAAAGAUCAGUGAACCGUCAAUGAUAAAAAAUAGUUUCAAUUCUUAGACAUUUCAACUACAAUGUAUGUUGAUUUAAGUACAUGUGUGUCUUUAACCAAGUACAUUUAAGUAAUAUGUAUCUACUGCAUUCUAAAUAAACGAAUGAUGUAAACAUGAUUUAUGUAUAAUGAAUUUCUCUGUGUUGUAUUUUACAACUUACAUUUAAUAUAUCUCUCAUCAAAUCAAUUUAUAUAAUGGUUAUAGUCACCAAAAACUCUGUUAUAAAUAUACGAAGAUGCCAAUCUGCCAAAAAUAAUUAUCACUAUGAAACUUGUAAAUGUGAGUGGUAAUACAAAACGCAAUUCGCGGAUCUUGAAAGAAGGUGGGGGGGGGGGGGUCAAAUUUCUUAAACUGACAUAGUAGAAUUACCCAAAACAUGCCUCGGAACCUCCCCCCCCCCCCCCCCGGAAAAAAAAAUUCGGGAUCCGCGCAUGAGAUAAAUACGCGUUAUUGUCUUAACCAACCGAUAUCUGUGUAAAUGUACAAAUUCUCUAGCACAUGGUUGAACAUUUAAUUUUCAGACAAGUUCCGCAUUAUAAUUAACUAGUAUUUUAAAAAACAUUUGCUAUUUGCUUUAUCAGUAAUAUAUUUUUCCUGAAAAGUUUGACUAAUUUUCCUUACAAGUACAUCCAUUUUUUAUUAUCACACAAUGAUAUCAACUAUUUUUGAGUGAAUUUAAUUGAGUGAAUAAACUCUUGUAGUAAUAACUUGCAUGGAAAAGCUUUAGUUGUAGAGUGAGUUCUUAUUGACUUUUAACUUAAAGUCAUUUAUUAAAUAUUUUGUUACAUAUAUUCAUGAUUAUGUAUGAUGUGUAUGUAUCUUGUUUUUAUACCAUUCUUAUGAUUGUUAAUCAAAAUUGAAUAAAUAAGUAUCAAGUUUAAA